AUGCCACGUCGAUCUAUGCGAAUCGUUGGUGGCAAUGACACCACGAUACAAGACUAUCCAUUUAUGAGUAACAUGCAAUACAGUUUAUGGGGAAUGUGGUGGUAUCAGUCGUGUGGGGGUUCCCUUAUCACGUCUAGAACUGUUCUAUCAGCGGCACAUUGUUAUUUUGGUGACCAUCCAUCAGAAUGGAGGGUUGUGCUUGGUUCAUCUAUGGCCUCUAGCGGUGGGGCAGCUUAUAAGGUGUCUCAGUUAGUUUGGCAUCCAGAAUAUGACUCCACGACCUUAAAUAACGAUGUAGCACUAGUUAAACUUCAGACUAAUGCUCUCUUAUCCAGCAGAGUGGGAGUAGCACGAAUAGCUGGCCCAAACUAUGUUCUUAAAGAUGGUACAGUUGCGUAUGCUGUUGGCUGGGGUGCGACGUCCUCCGGGGGUGAUGCAUCCGAACAACUGCAACACGUAGAUGUGAAUCUGGUGAAUCAGCAUAUAUGUGACGAAAGAUACAGCUCCCUGAACAACUGGCCAACAAUCACAGAUGGAAUGUUAUGUGCCGGUGUACUUGAUGUUGGUGGAAAAGACGCAUGCCAGGGAGAUUCAGGAGGACCGUUAGUUCAUAAAAGGGACGUUGUUAUCGGCAUCACCUCUUGGGGUUAUGGUUGUGCUCACCCCAAUUUCCCCGGAGUCAAUACUAGAGUCUCAGCGUACACAAAUUGGAUCGUAUCGAACGCUUGA